UAUAGUAUAUAGUUAGUGUUGAUCACUGAUUUAAUUUUUCAUUAUAAUUAUUUUGAAAUUUUAGAUUUAUACCUUACUUAAAUAUGAUUGAUUCAUUCUAAAACUGUAAAUUGUAUUUAAUUAUAUUACUUUGAGUUAAUAUAGUUUUUGUACUCAGAAUUAUUAUCUCAAGAUGGCAGAAUUUGUACAGCGACGCAAAGAAGAAUUGAUUACUGAAGUUCCAGUACUUAAUAGUCACUUUAAAAAAUCUGUUGUAAAAAAUAUAUUGAAUCAACGAGAAAAAUUUGAGUACAGAUUGAUGCGUCGAAACAAACAAAAGUCAGAUUUUACUCUUUAUAUAACAUUUUUGAAAUCAGUUAUUAAGAAAGUUAAAAAAAUGGGUUCAACAACUACUGAAACAUUUAAACUGAUUAAUCAGCACAAUAACCGUAUCAUUGACCUUUAUCGUGCGUCUCUUAAAUAUUUCAAAGAUGAUGUAUCCCUCUGGAAAGAAUAUAUAAAAUUCUUGAUGAAAUGUAAACGAUUUACAUUGUUACGGACAGUUUUAAACAGUGCCUUGUUAUUACAUGGUCACAUUUCAGAUUCACUGUAUGUUUUUGCAAUAAGACAAGAAUUUGAAGAUUUAAAAAAUAUCCAAAAAGCAAGAGAAAUGUAUACUGAUGGAUUAAAUGCACAUAAGAAUUCAUCAAAAUUAUACUUUGAAGCUUUUAAAUGUGAACUAGCCUAUUCAGAAACCCUUACUCAAAAGGUGUUGAAAUCAGGAAAAGAGUUAAACCUAGAGGAUCCUGCAUUAAAUGGAUCUGUAGCCAAAGUAAUUUUUGAAUCAGCUGUAGAAAAUGUGAAAAACGAUACUGACCUUUACUUUAAAAUGUAUGAAGAGGCUGCUCAAUACAAUUUUUCACUAGAUUUAUCAAAAGAAAUCAAAAAUUUCAUGUUGAAUACAUUUAGUAAGGAUCCAAAUUAUUGGGAUACUUUAGCUACAAAUGAACUAUUAAAAAAUACUAACAAUUCAGAAAAAUUUAAAAUUACAAAAUGCCUUGAUAGAUAUAAUGCUGCAUUAUCAAUAAUUGAUACAGACGAGAUGUGGGACAAGUAUUUGACCACUAUAUUAAAAAUAACAUCUGAUACCCAAAAUACAGAAAUUUAUAAAAGAAAUUUACUUAGACAAUCUAUGUAUAAUGCUCACAAGAAAAAUAAAUUGAAACCAAAACAUUAUAUUGAAUGGAUAAAUAAGUCAAAAAGUUCUAUGACAAAAGAAAUUUUAGAUUGGGCCAUCGAAGCAUAUCCAAAUGACACAAGUAUCUUAGAAAUUAAUAUAAAAAAUAAAUUAACCGAUACAGAUGAACUAAUUGCUUACAAAUUACUUGAACAUAACGUUGAUAAAAUUUCUCCAAAUUUAUGGCUUACUAUUGUUGAACAUUUUUCAAAUAAACCACUGAUAAGUGAUAUUUUCUGUAUGAUAUUUGGAGAUAAAUCUGUUUGUUCCGAUGAAGUUAAAGGAAAACUUGGACAUGAGUAUUUGUUAUGGUUAAGCAAAAACAAGUCAUUAGAUAAUGCUCGAAAUACAUAUAAUAAAUUGAUCAUGAGCAACAGUUGUGAUGCAAGUCUUUGCAAGACUAUGGUUACUCUAGAAACCGAACAACAGAAAGUAGACAUCAACAAAACCAGGCAGCAUUUUACAUUAGCAUGCAUGCAGUUUGGUAAAACUAAUAUUGAUUUGUGGAUGGAAAGAAUUUACUUUGAGCUAAAAUAUGGGUCACCAAAACUUGUUUCCAGUACAUAUCAUCAAGCGGUAACAACUUUGAAUAAUGAGGAGUCUGAUCAAUUUGUUGAACAAUAUGCAUCAAAUGCUUCUAAAUUUAUGACAAUUUGUAAAAUAUGAUAAAUAAUAUUUGCAUUAAUAAAAAAUGUUAUACGGUAUAA